UCUGCUCUCUGGUGCACAAAAUUGGGGUGGGACUGUUGGGGUCUGACGUCAAAGAAAUCCCAACAAAUGGUGUUCGAUAAACAAAGUUUAUUUUUUGUCGUCACUUGGUGGUUUGUCCCGUGUCCCCCGCUCUAGCAGGUCAAACGACGGGUAAAAUUUUCCGCUUCGCGUGCGUUCACUCUCCUGCACUGCCCGGUCACGCGCCCUCACGUGCCACAACUCGGUACGGAGCUCAGUGAGCGCGAGCGAGCGAGCGGCGGCCGUUGAGACGGUUAACCGUUCGCCAGAGUCGCGUCGAGGGGCUCCGACUGCGGCUGCUCCUCCUGGCCUCUCAUUUGUCGUUUUGUCCUUCGAAGCAGAGAGCCGGAGGAGCCGGGGGAUGGAGCAGGCGCCGCACCGCCUGUGAGCGGGGUCACAGCGCUGGGAGGAGGAGGAGACGCGGGAAGGACACCAGCAGCAGCGGCCGCAGCAGCAGAUGAGGCUCAUUUGCCGCAGGCCCCGCCAUCGUGAAAUCGGACACCGACUUGCGGCGGCGGAUGGGGUGACCGUGCUCCCUGCUUCUCCGCCGUUACCGCCGGGGAGGCCCAUGACUUCAGACGUUACCUGCGUGGGAGCUGCCCGUGGUUGGUUGUGAGGUGGAGGAAGGAGACAGGGAAAGGGGAGGAAGAUGCAGACGGAGGAGGAGACGGCCGCCGCAGAAGAGCCCAUUUUGGAGGAAGGGUCGGGACGAGAGCAGCAAAAGCCCACCCAGCAGUCCCUGGCCUCCUCCCUGUGCAGAGAGUCCCACUGGAAGUGCCUCCUCCUGACGCUGCUCAUGUACGGCUGUUUCGCCACGCUGGCCUGGUGCGCUCUCUGCCGAGUGCCCGUCCUCGGCUCUUCCUCCUCCAUGCCUCUUGGUGGCACCGACGACGCCACAUCCGCCGCCUACUACAAUGACAUCCUCCACCUGGAGAGCCCGUGCUCCAGCGGCUACGUCUACAUCCCGCUGGCCUUCCUGGCGAUGCUGUACGUGGUUUACCUGGUGGAGUGCUGGCACUGCUUCUCUAAGACGGCCAUGUUGGCUCACGCUGAAUUCCAGGAAGUGUAUGAGCGGGUCCAGAGACUCCAGCAGGCCACUCCAUGUAUUUGGUGGAAGGCCAUCAGCUACCACUACGUGAGGAGGACCAGACAGGUGACCAGGUACCGCAACGGAGAUGCAUACACCACCACACAGGUCUACCAUGAACGAGUGAACACUCAUGCCUCCAGUUCAGAGUUUGACUACGCCCGCUACGGCGUCAAAGAUGUGUCAAAAGAGCUGCUCGACCUGGAGCACCACCCUGCUGUUCGCCUCCGCUUCACUAAGUGUUUCAGCUUCUCCAGUGCUCGAGCUGAAGCUGCUUACCUCACUCAGCGAGCGCGGUUCUUUGGGGAAAAUGAAGGACUGGACGACUACAUGGAGGCCCGGGAGGGAAUGCACCUGAAAAACGUGGAUUUCCGGGAGCACAUCCUGGCCUUCCCAGAUCCGGCCCGUCAGCCGUGGUUCUCUCGCCACCGGGUGUUCUGGCUGGCCUCGGCUUUCCUCCUGUCAUGGCCGCUGCGGGUCGUGUCAGAAUACCGCACGGCGUACGUGCACUACCAUGUGGAGAAGCUGUUCGGCGAGGAGGAGGACGCCGGCGGCGGCGGAGUUGUCGUGGGAGGGCAGGGUGGAGGCAGACAAGGCGAUGCGGUGGAAGGAGGGACUGAGAACGGAAUCGGGACGGGAUUCGGGCUGAACGGGACCAGCUACAGGGCCAUCUCCCGCGUCAACACGGUGGACAUGACAGAGCUGGAGUGGCACAUCCGUUGCAACCAGCAGAUGGUGCCCAGCUACUCCGAGGCCCUCCUGAUGGACCUGGACUCCAGUGGAAGCACAAACCCCACAGCCUCCACGCCCAUCUCUGGACCCCCAGGGGUCACCCCCACACAAGCCCCCCACCCGCCACCUCUGACUCUACCUGUGGUGUUCAACUCCGCCUACCUCCUGCAGAGCUGCCCCAGGUGCAGGAGAACCACGUCAAGUUCCAGUCUGCCCUCCAGGUUGAGGGCUCCGAUGGGGACCACUGCCCUCCUCAACGCCACCGUUGCCGGGAUCCGGGCAGCAGCGCCAGGCAGUGGAGGCAUAGGAGGAAGGCUGGUGCUCAGUCGCAGCGGGUUCUCUCUGGGGAGACUCGGAGGUGGGCGACAGAACAGCUUGUUUCAUUCAAGAAGCAUCGGAGGAGGACUGGGAGGCAGCAGGGAGGAUGGAGGAGGGAGCGGAGGCGGAGGAAGCAGUGGUGGCGGAGGGAGCGGAGGAUUCUUAGGAAUAGGCUCCAGACAGAACAAUGAGGAAACCAGGGGGGUGCUGGAAGGAGAAGGCGAUGAGGAGGAGGAAGAGGAACAGGUGAGAAGACAGGAAAACGGGGGAAGAGACAGAGACGAGGAGGCAGAGCAGGGAGGAGUAGGAGGAGGUGGAGGAGGAGAAAAUAGGGAGGCUGAGAGGGAUCGACCUCCAUCCUACCAGGAUGCCUUCUUCUUCCCCGUCCUUAUUAUACAUGGAGAGGAGAGCUGCCACGCUGGCGAUGACAUGUGAGACAGAAAACGCAUCAAGAGCAAGACGGUUUGAGCAGGAGCUGAAAGAAAACGCUGAGCACACAGGAAGGAGCAGGUUCAGACAGAAGAGAGAAAGAUGCUCGGGUCUGAUGCAGGUGGAACCAGUGGUCUGGAAGGGGGAGGAUAAAAAGAUAAAUGAAGGGAGGGGGUGAGCUCACGCAGCGCAUCCCGUCAACCAUCAGUAAACCCACAAGUUCAGGAGAUCAGAGUUGUUCCAGAGUGCAGGCACGAGAUAAGGCCGAGAGCAAGUAAAUCCUUAAAAUUGCAUGCUUUACUGAGAGGAGGUGAGGAUGACAGAAGGCUUAGAAAUGUGUUUCCAGAUAUAUCUAUGCAGGAGUUGGAGUGGGGGUGCUAACAGUGCUAAAGAUAGCCACUGAACAAUAGAGAAAGUUUAUUCUUUUUACAAAAGAAACAGCGCUAGAGGAUCUGGGAGUGGAUAUCUGAGGGGGCUGAAGCAUCGAUGAAACAGUGUUUGUUACACAGCGAGAUGAGGUAAUAAUAUUUAUUAUUUUAAACCACAAAAAGCCAAAGGAGGUAAGAGAAAAAAAUCAGAGAAAGUAGAAAACAUAAUGCAAGAUAUUAAAUCACAGAUGAUUCUGAUUAUUUAGAGCUAAUAAACCAGAUUAUUCCAUUUCAAGUCAUGGAUGAAAUCAUUUUUAUGACUGAACAGCACCUGGUCAGCUCCUCUUACAAUGAUCUGUGCCUCGUCUCGUCAUGCUGUCUUACUUCACCAUUAGCUUCCCGACCACUCAAUCCAUUACUGCUUUGGAGGAGGCGAUUAAAAAGAACGCCAUAAAAAGUGGAGCAGUCGUUGCCUCUUCCACUCAUGCCCUCUUUGCUCUAACCAUAUCACCUUUUCUCAUUCACCCCUUUCCUUCUAGAGCGUAAUUUUAGGAUGCCUCUAGUUCAGUUUAUGUGAAGAACAUGCAGCUUCAGUUCAGGCUUGUAGCUCUCAGUAGUUACUUUAUUUCCUUAUCUUACAAACACAGUAGAGAACACAGCCAAAACUCCUCAAAGAUGUAUAAUGUUAUGCGAAACACAAUAACCACCUAAAACGAAAGUAGUUAUGGCUCCAGUUUUCCACUGGAGUGUGGCAUCAUGACGUCAAGAGUUAUGUUUUUUCAAAUUGUCCUUGCGUUCACUGAACAAUGUACAUUGGAGACGUAGCAGACCGGCACUCUACGCAGAUAUUUAAAAGCCCUCUGUGGUGAGCUCCAAUCUUACUGUAAUUAGACUAUGAAAAUUUUAUUUAUUUAUUACCAAAACUGUCAUUAGAGACUUUUAUUCUAACAGCAUUCAGGUCGACAUUAUAAUUUCUGCUCCAGUUCUGACCCACAUUGUCAGAAAGAUGUAAUCAUAUUUUCCUAGUAGCUGUGUCAGCAACUAUUAGUAGCUGUUCAUAUUCAACCUGGUAUUUCCCACUCAUAGUUUUUUUUUUUUUUUUUUUUUUUUUAUUGUUUCAACUUGAAAGGUUAUAGUGAGGCAGAACUAAAAAGAGAAAGCCUCUAAUGGCUUAAACCUAAUUUUGGUAAAUGUCCAUUUUUUAUAUUAGCUCUGUUAUCAUCUGUAGUAUUUUCCCAAUGAUAAAUGAAAUGAAAACAUCCAGAAAAGCGUCUCUCUUGUUAGCAUAUUUAUCUAAAUACAUGUUUAGGCAUGAAAUAUCCCUCCCUUUUCUAAGUCCAACAUAUUGGACUGCAUUGGAAGCUGUCAAGUUAUGCUGGCGUUGAUUUUUAAAAAGAAGAAAUUGCUGAGAAUAAUAAAAUAACUCCCCGGUUUAUACUGUGUAUCAUUUUCAGCCCUGUAGAAAAGUGCUUUGGGUAGGUUUAGGCCGAGCUGCUACCUCCUCCUGCUUAUGGAGAAACAAAUAUUUCCUUAAUGUGAAAUGUGUCAACACUUUUGCAGGCAUAGAAAUGCAUGGAAACACGCUUACUAGCAAUGUAGCUACAAUCAGCAAAAAUGUCAAACAGUAGUGAUCAUUUGGGAUUCAGCGCCAACACAAGGACACAGACAGGAAUCCUGGGUGAUUCAGAGUUUUGUCCUACUUUCUGAGUUUGUAUUCUUGGAAAAUGAACCUAGAAAAGGCCGUCUGCACAGACCGCUCUCUGUGCUUUGUUGGUAUUUACUCGACAAAGCACACUAAACCUGCUAACGUAGCAACAAGAAUUAGUUAGGUAAGCUUAUCCUGACCGUUCCUGCUGCCUCUGCUUACUUUUUACACAUUCAUGAAAAAGCACAUUCAAAAAAAAAAAAAGGCUGUGUGAAGAGGACAAAUAAAUAAGGGUACUGACUUCUCUCAGUGCAACUUUCUGGGAAAGUGGAGCGGAGACCGCUGGCCUGGUUAGAUGUAGGGGACACAUCCUGACACACUUUCCCAUCCGCUGAAUCUGGUUCAUGGAUCUUCUGUAGCCAUAUUGGAAAAAAAGGCAAGAAAAACAAGCUGAAGUGGGGACAAGGAAGGAAGCUGAACUCAAGGAGACCCACGGAAAGUUAACAGUAACCAGGACGAGACUUUCUGGCAACUAAAGAGCUGGACAAAACUGAAAAUGUGACGACUUUAAAGGCAGUUAUUUUUACAGCAUUAAUCACUACUUCAGUCUCUGGACUUGUGUGUCCAUCAUAACCAGAAAGAAGCACUAUAAAAAGCACUCACCGCCCUGCUGCGUUCAUUUGUUUAGGACAACGUGUUGCUUUCACUGCUGUUCAUCACACGCAGCUGAAACCUGUAAAUGUAAUGUACUCUCAACGCAGAAAACUCACUUCCAUCUGUAAAUUGCUGCUCACACUUCAUCUUCAUAUUUGAGGUUGUUUAAGUAAAACACAAAUGCCUUUGUAAAGUUUAUUUCUUUUUGUAAAAAUGACUGUCCUCUGCCUAUUUGUUCAUUUCUGUGUUGUUGGAACGUGUUUAGCACUUCGUGCUGAAUAUUUAUACGCAGUUUUAUUAUCUUACGUGUCGCUCCAGUUGUGCCAAGAGGAUUCUUUGCCCAUGAUGUCUUACACAAACAUACGCACCAUCAUGCCUGUUUGCAUGCUUGACCACUGCAGUAAAAUGGCAAAUAUAUCAGCCUUUUUUCUUACCUGAAUGGAAAUAUGGCGACCCUAGACAUGUAAUCAUCCCCCCACCCCUCACACACACACACACUCUCCUCAAGCAUGGCGUAGUGCAGAUGAGGUUGCCGACAUCUUUUGCUCAGGUUCUUCAGUUAAUAUAUCCUCCUCUGCAAAUUCAUCAACACGCCAAAGCAAAAAAACAGUGUGAGUGCAUACAGAUGUAAACAGGUUGUUUUCAAUAGUCUGGCCUAAACUGUAGCGUCAAACAUUUAUAAUACAGAAAGAAAACACGUGAAUAGUUAAAUCAUAUAUGUACAGAGAGCACUUAUCAGGUGGCCAGUGUUUCUAACACGCACUGUUUUGUUGUCUUUAUGAUGUGUAUCUGACUGCAAUUUGUGUGUAAGUCCAAUCGGAAUGAUUUUAACGCGUUGUAAUGUCUUUGGCUGACGUUUUUGUCCACUAGAGGGCAGCAAAGCCUUAAUGAUUGUGACGACACUGACAUUAUAAUGUACUUGGAGAGCACAGCGAGGAUGAAAUAGGCCAGGAAGGAAACGGCAUUGAGACUGAAGUAUGUCUAACAUCUGCACUUGUACCUGUCAGCAAUGUCACACCAGGUGUGUUCAGUGGCUGGAUAACCACUGGUCGACUGGGUUGCUAGUGAAGUUUUUGUCCUCUUUACUGAUCUUACUGUUUUUUUGGUAGCACUACAUAUAAUUACAAAAUGUUUUCUCCUUUUUUUUUUCAAACUUUCUGGACUUUAAGUGGCAAUUUGAAGAAAUUACUUGGUACUUUCCAAAACUUCCUUGGACUUUACCUGUUAUUUUUCAGAUAAAGAAUCACCAGGAAUAUUCAGAAAACAACAGGUGAUUUUCUUUAACUUGUUUAUAAGGUAUUUUUUGGAACUUACCAAAGACUUUCCUUCAACUUUUCAGAAAGAGAUUGCUGCGGUCCUUACCAGGAGGUUUGUGGGCCUCAAUAAAUACUCUUUGGACUUACCAGAAACGUGCCUGGUAAGAUCUUCUGAGUCAUAUAAAAGUUAUAGCAGAGUCUCGUCCCAGAUGCAUUCCAGAAGUUGUCUGCAAAGUUCUGGAAAGUAACAUGUAACUUUUAGAAGGUGACCAGAAUUCAGCUUAUUUUCCAGAACUUACUCAAUACUUUCCUUCAUUAUAGAUGAAAUGUGACAGGUAUCGUAAAGAAAAUUACUUUCAGAAACUGACUCUGUACUUUUCUUAACCUUUUCAGGUUCUUAUCCAGAACCGAGAGGUUAUUUUAAAUAACUUUGAUGCUAUUUUCCAUAACUUCAGUCAAGUUUAUUUGUAUAACAAGUUCUUGCCUGGAAAAUUCUGGAAAGUAACACGCGUGUCAAGGGAAUAUACGUACUCUAUGUGGUGCUACCUGGUUUUCUUUGGAAUUGUGACUGAAUGUUUUGCAAAGCAAUGUAGUUCAUAUCCCUGCUUCUGGCUGGACUUGCAUAUGUUGCUGACCUUAUAAUCACAAGCAAUGGGAGCUUCAAUCACUGAGCUGACAGCACUGUUAGAGGAAGACCGUUUACAUUUUGUGACUGAGCCUCCAUGUUCCACAGCGUAACACUCUCAUUGUCUGGCUGUGUUGAUCUAUAUGACACAAAUAAAGUGAUAGAGUGGAAGACG